AUGAAUGACUUGAAAUAUGUGAAUUCUCAACUCAAGGUUGUUCUGUCUGUGCAACAAGGCUUCCCAGCAUUAGUGAAUUCAGAUGAGAAUGUUCAUAAAAGUUUCUACAAACAAUCUAUUAGCUUCCUACGAGAAUACGGGUUUGAUGGAAUUGAUUUAGAUUGGGAAUUCCCUCCGGCAUCUGCAAAAGUAAAAUAUUCCAAUUUUCUUGUAGGAUUUCGGAAAGCCAUUAUGAAUGAGUCACAAUCUUGGCAACGGACUCCCUUACUACUGACUGCUGCUUUACCAAACUCCAAAUCGAAAAUAAAUAAUUAUAAUAUGACUGUUCUUGCUAACACUCUUGAUUUUGCCACAGCAAUGACCUAUGAUUUUCACAUGUUCAUAAAAAAUGUGGAUACUGUCACAAGCUUUAAUAGUGCACUCUACCCUAUUAAAGGAGAGAAUCAACUGUAUAGUGUGAGUGGACUGAUUGAUUAUUACUUAGAACAAGGUUUUCCUGCCAGCAAGCUUUUGUUUGGUGUACCCACUUAUGGACGGACAUUUCUGCUGGAAGAUCCAGAUAAACAUGGAGUACAUGCAUCAGCUGUAUGCCGAGGAGAUGGUGGACCUAUACUUCACAAAAAAGGUGUCUACUCUUAUGGAGAAUCCUGCCUUGCUCUUAAGAAUGGUGCUACAAGAAUUUGGGAUGAAAAUUGUGCUGUUCCAUAUUUAUACAAAGACAAACUUUGGUGCACUUAUGAAGAUGAAGAAAGUGCAAGAAGGAAAGCUUUAUACUUUGUGAAUAAAUUGGCUGGUGCUGGUGUGUGGACCUUAACCCUAGAUGACCCGAGAGGUAUCAAUGGCAAAAAGUUCCCAAUUAUCAAUGCAAUUAAAAAUGUAUUUAAGGCCUCUGUUCAGCCCUGA